AAACCUCCUCAGUGAGCAGACAAACGCCAGGUGACGGAACUGCAGACACCAUGGCAGCAGAGCAGAACGCGGAGUUCGUGCGAACAGGCUACGGCAAGAAUGCAGUGAAGGUGCUGGUCAUCAGGAGAGAGGGGAGCCACCACUCCAUCAUCGAGCUGAAAGCCGAUGUGGAGAUCACACUCAAAACACGCAAGGAUUAUCUGGUGGGAGACAACUCAGACAUCAUCCCCACCGACACCAUCAAGAACACCGUCCACGCCCUGGCCAAGAUCAAGGGGGUGAAGACCAUCGAGCAGUUCUCCCUGGACAUCUGUAACCAUUUCCUGACCUCUUUCAACCAUGUGCUGCGGGCCAAAGUUUACAUGGAGGAGGCUCCGUGGAGGAGGUUAGAGAAGAAUGGAGUAGAACACGCUCAUGCAUUUAUCCUCUGCCCAGAGGCUUGUCGCUUCUGCGAUGUUGAACAGAAUCUCAAUGGCGUCCCAGUGGUUCACAGCGGGGUGAAGAACAUGACGGUGCUGAAAACCACCCAGUCUGGCUUCGAGGGUUUCUUCAAGGAUCGCUUCACUACUCUGAAAGAGACCAAAGACAGGUGUUUCUGCACCUCUGUCUACUCUAGGUGGCGCUACAACAAGGUUCAGGAUGUCAACUUUGACGCUGCAUGGAAGUGUGUGAGGGAGACAAUUAUUGAAAGGUUCGCUGGACCCUACGAUCAUGGAGAGUUCUCACCGUCCGUGCAGAAGACCCUUUAUGAGACACAGGUUCUGGUCCUGGACAGAAUUCCUGAGGUGGAUGAAAUAGAGAUCGUCAUGCCCAACCAGCAUUACUUCACCAUCGACAUGACCAAAAUGGGUCUGUCCAACAAAGACGAAGUACUUCUUCCCCUGGAUAACCCGUCAGGAAGCAUCACAGGGACAGUUCGCAGGAAAGAGCGAGCAAAGCUGUGAAGGCGCCAAUCAUCAGGAAAACGCUGCUGCGGUCAUCAAAAUGUUAGAUUUACAAUAGUGUGGCAUCAUGAAGGCCCGUUCAAAUACUUGUGUCAGAAUUACAACUCAACAUUUCCCUAACGUGAGUAAAGCCUUUGAACGUGUGAUGUGAAUAUGAGAGUAAAUAAAAGAAAACCAUGGCCAGUAAA